AGUGGGUGGGGUGGAGCCGGCUCAGGUUUCCUUGUUUGCAGCAGAGAAGGCGGAGCUUAGCUCCUGUUUUGGGUUCUGAUUCUUCCUUACUUGCGCCUCCGGUUUCGUGACUUUACUCAUCCUUCUGUGUAUCUUUCACCAAGAAUGUCAUUGUCCUUCACCUUAUUUCUUCUCUUGGGUGCUGCGGUGCACCCUUGCAAUAGUUUCUCAGUCACCCAUAGGUAGGAUCCUUCCUCCCCGGAUCCAGUCUCCACAAGUAGCGCCAUGGAGUUCCCUGAUUUAGGUGCUCACUGCUCGGAACCGUCUUGCAAGCAGCUCGACUUUCUUCCCUUGAAAUGUGAUGCUUGCGGGGAGCUAUUCUGCACCAACCAUGUUGCCUAUGCCAAUCACAACUGCACUUCAGCUUACAAAAAGGAUGUGCAGGUUCCUGUGUGCCCACUCUGCAGCACGCCCAUUCCUGUGAAGCGAGGAGAGAUGCCUGAUAUUGUGGUGGGCGCACACAUAGACCAGGAUUGCAAAUCGGACCCGGCUCAGCGAAAGCGCAAGAUCUUCACCAACAAGUGUCAGCGGCCUGGCUGCAAGCAACGGGAGAUGAUGAAGGUUGUUUGUGACCAAUGUCGCGGCAACUUUUGCCUCAAGCACCGACACCCCCUGGAUCAUGACUGCACUGGGGCUGGGCAUCCACUCUCCAAGGCAGGGCAUGCAGCCAUUGACAGAGCUCAAAAGUCAACCAAAGCACCUGAGUGCACUGCAUCCAGCAGUGGGGCCAAGAGGUCUGUUGGAAGUCCACCAACCCCUAGCAGAGCCGGUGAGACAGCAAGAGCCCCCCAGCCCCAAAGUACUUCUCCUCUGUCUGUUGACCUACAGAAUGGUCUGAGUGAGGAGGAAGCACUGCAACGAGCCUUGGAGAUGUCGCUUGCAGAGACAGUGUCCACCCAACCGCAGUCCCGCAGCACCCAGGAGGAGGAAGAUCUGGCACUGGCUCAGGCCCUUUCAGCUAGCGAGGAGGAAUACCGGCGGCAGCAGCAGCAGCAGCAACAACAGGCUCGAAGCGCAAAGCCGUCCAACUGCUGCAUUUCCUGAGUGCAAAGAGUGCCUGUCAGCAUGAGAAUUCUUCUUUGCCACAAUGGCUCUUCUUCUAUAUUUGCAGGGGUUAUCAUCUCCUGCUGCUCCCUCAGGGCUACUAACAACUGACCAAAGGCUGCACCUCUGCCCUCCUAGAGUAUCGUUAGCCACAAUGAAGUUAUCCUGUCGCACUGUGAUCGUGUUAAGUCUUUAGGGGCAGACGGCAGCAGCAUUUCUGCCCCUGGAUCAAGGAGGAAAUUGUAGCCUUGGGAUAGCAGCCCCUCCACCGGAACCACAGCAGCGGAAAAGGAUGGACUGGCAGGAAUCAUCGGCAUUGGUUGAGCUAGACCUCAGACUUACUGAGUUUGGGAUGUUUGAGGGGUUUGGAGACGCCAUACAAGUGGUCUGUCUCUUUCCCCUGUGGUAGUCCCAUGGUUGGACAGCAGGUGGUGCCAAAUGCUUUGACAGUGAGGGGUUCCCACUUCGUACUUGGUGCUGGGUUUCAGUCUUCAUAUCUAUUUCAAGGGGCGAAUGGUCUUCCCAACACUUUUGUUGUACCGAUUUUCUGACACUUGCACACUUAGCUGUUUCAGCAGCAGGAGUAUUCAGGUAACGGGAAGCACAAUGCAGUGUGAGACCCUGAAUGGCCUGUGCAGCUCUUCCCUGCUGGGAGACGAUGGCGUGUCCUGCCUUCACCGUGGCUGCCAGCCCAUUGCCGGGACUGCGCUGCUUAGCCUCCUCUUGCAAAAUCUGCCAAAGAUCAGCCUCGCAGUAGCUGGUUAAUAGCCCUGUAGUGAUAGGGGCAGGGAACCGCUCACUUUCAGUAGAUGGCUAGCUUCUUUACACUGCAUGUCGUGCAGUUGGCUGGCUCCAGGUGUGGUGCCCAUACCUCAGUGACCAUUUGGAUGUCCGGCUGCCUGCUCAUCUCUUGUCUGAUGUUCGCUUCAGGCAGGCACUCUCGUCUUUCACAGCCCUCUUCACUGUAGUACCGGUGGGCGUCUCUCUCCUGCUGCGGUCUGCAGGGGCACCUCGCCAUCCGGUGUUCUGCGCUUUGUUGGAUUGCUUGAGGUUGGAGCAAGGAAAGGGGCAAUGUAGAAGAGCUGGUGGAAGUCAAUAAAUUUGCACACACAA